AUUAUUCCAUUGAUCUCUCGGUGCAACCCUUCGGUCACGUUUCCCAACGACAAACUCGACGCUCUCACUAAACGCAUUCAAGACGCCGGCACUGAAGUGGUUAAGGCUAAGGCCGGAACUGGUUCGGCCACUCUAUCGAUGGCCUUCGCCGGCGCCAGAUUUGCUAUAUCUCUAUUGGAAGCGAUUAAUGGCAAAGAAGUGGUUGAAUGCGCUUUCGUUAAGUCGGACGUAACGGAGGCCACCUAUUUCUCGACUCCACUUGUCUUAGGGAAAAAUGGUGUCGAGAAGAACCUGGGAUUAGGAAAGUUGUCGGACUUCGAGCAGAAUCUGGUGAAGAGUGCGAUCGCGGAGUUGCAAAGCAGUAUCAAAAAAGGAGAAAGUUUUGCCAAUAAAUAGAUGCACUAUUUGGAGACAAACCACAGUUUGAACGCAUGGUAUAUAACAAUAUUAAUAAAUUUUAGGAAAAAUAGCGAAAUAAUUAAAUAUAUCAUGAAUUGAAUGAAUAAAUACACGAUUUGUUUUGUUGUUUCAAAUUAUAA